AGAGAAAUUAAAUGCCCAAUUUUCAUUGUUUGUCACGCCUUGCUGUGCCGAUAGUUUUAUGGGAAGUAGUAUGAAAAACUGCUCCAGUAGCAUGAGAAGCGCUCCGCGUACCCUUCGUAAAUAUUUUGUUCGCUCCAUGCUCUGCUCUGCUCCUCCGCAAAUUGUGUUUGCCGAGCAAUUAGCUUGACAAUUAUCACCUGAAAUGCUGAACUACUGCGCUUCCAUCAUAUAAAAGCAAAAUGCUAUGCACGAUUGUUAUCACUUAGAUGGAUAUUACAACUGCAGAUUGUACCAAGUGAAGAAACGUCUAUUUGAGUACAGUUAUAAAAAUUAUAAAAAUACGAUUCGCUUUCUGAGGACAUUCUUUUAAGAAAGUUUAAAUAAUAAAAUGGAAAAGAACACUUUGUGGUUUAUUUUUGUGCUCCUUAUUGUGUAUUUUACGGUGGUGUUUUGUGAAGAAACUGUGAACCAAGAUGAAAAUUUAAAUACUGAAGAAAGUAGUGCUCUCCAAACCGCAUCCACAAAUUUAAUCGAUGAAGCUAGAACUAGAAGGCGACAUGGAUUUUAUCAUCAUCUUUGGGGUUGGCAUGCGUUGGCUAUUGCAUAUUGGAUUAAAGUCAAAUUAGUUAUAGUAGCAUUUUUCGUUGGUAGUGCUGUAUUUGUGGGCUUGCGUUACUUGUGGCCAAACAAAUGCUCAUCAGAUUGGAGCCACGAGGGCCCAAUCAUCUAUGAAAAUCCACAUUCCUUCGCUCACAGCGAUCACAUUCCAUAUUCCAUAGAUCAUUCCGAACACAGUGAUCAUUCCUUUGAAGCUGGUUCUUUUGAACCUUAUUCUGCAUACGAGAAUGCAUAUUCUGAUAUUACGCCAUCGACUGCGCCAGAUCCAUCUGAUAUCCAUCGUGGACGUCGCAGUUUGAACAGACAAAUACAAACAGAAGAACAGAUUGCAGAUUUUAUGUUCUACUUUUUGGGGCUUGAUUCUCAGGCUUGUAGACGCCGCUUUAUAUGUGAGAUGGAGUUUCGCGCAAAAGAAAACCCAAUCACUAGUAUGGCAUUCCGGGUUGUAGGUAAAGGGUUCUUCAAUAAAUAUACAAAUGCACUUAAUCGAAAUGGCCUGGCAAAAUCAUUCCAAGACUGCGCGCUUGUGAACCCUCAGUGUGUUUUUAUUGAACGUGAUUCAAAUGAAAACCCUAAUACGGAAUCAGAGAAUGUAACAGAGCCACUGUCUGAGAAUAGUGACUUGAAUAAUGACAACGACCAAGAAGAACAAGUUAACAAUGAGUUUGAUAACAACUAUGAUCUCGAUCAGGAAACACAAAACAAUGAAAUUUUAAAAUCUGAACGACGUCACAACAAUGUUAAUCGAAGAGGUUCUCGUUCAUUGGAUAUUGUGGCAGAGCAUAUUUUAACGAAGCCAAAAUUACCAUAAUUCCAUUUUUUUUUAAUUUAGUAAAUACUUUUAUUUAUUUAGUUUUUAUAUUUAUUUAUUUGUC